UAGAAACGAUUGAAAAACAGCAAAAGAAAUCAUCACCUGUCGAUUGCGUUCAUAUCUCUCUCUUGCACUCACAAUAAUAACCAUAUCCAACUUCCAUAACGCCUAUUGCCUUUCUUUAAUUCGCUGUCGAGUGGGUUCGGACGGAAAAAGCCGAGUUGGCUGUGAAAUUCAGUGCGAUAACGGGCUUUUUGUAGGUGCGUUGAAGCCUCGCGGCAGAACAAAUGUAAACAAGCAACAGAUCAGCUGUGCGGCCGAAGACACGCGACGAAACGGCGUGAUGACAGCGAGCCACAGGGUUUGACAAACAUAUUCUGCAGCAUAUAAAGUGAAAUUAGUGAUUUAUUUGCAUGCUGUAAAUAUUUUAGACGGCAGGGCACUAGACGAGGACACCUUCCAACCCUCUCGCAUACUCCUUCAUUGCGGACAGCAACAGAUAGAAAAAACAAAGCAAGUGUUGUUUAUUUUUCAUUGAUUUUAGAGGGUGAUAAAUAGACUUAUUUAUCUUUAACUUUCAUUGAGGGCUGGCAGUCUUCUCGUCUAACGGAAAAGUAACACUAUUCGUGAAAUAACACGAGAAAUAGGGUUAACGGUCCCUUCUGGGCUCUAAGGAAUAAAUAAAUAUUAGCUACAUUUUAAUAUUUUAAUGAAGCUGGAAGAUUGAGGCGCCCAAUCAUCACAUUUCCUGGGGAACACCGCAGUAAAGCUGACGGAUUGGGACUGUCAUGGCACACCAGCAGAUGCCGAGCUCUCAGAAAGCUCUGAUGCUGGAGCUGAAAUCUCUGCAGGAGGAGCCAGUGGAGGGUUUUCGAAUAACUCUGGUGGAAGAGUCGGAUCUCUACAACUGGGAGGUGGCGAUCUUUGGGCCCCCAAACACGCUCUAUGAAGGUGGCUACUUCAAGGCCCAUGUAAAAUUUCCUAUUGAUUACCCAUACUCUCCCCCGACCUUCCGAUUCUUUACCAAGAUGUGGCAUCCAAACAUCUACGAGAAUGGCGAUGUAUGUAUUUCCAUUCUCCACCCUCCUGUGGAUGACCCACAGAGCGGAGAGCUCCCCUCAGAGCGAUGGAACCCCACACAGAAUGUCAGAACAAUCCUGUUGAGCGUGAUUUCACUGCUGAAUGAACCCAACACCUUUUCUCCUGCAAAUGUGGAUGCCUCAGUCAUGUUUCGCAAGUGGAGGGACAGCAAAGGCAAGGAUAAGGAAUAUGCAGAGAUCAUAAGGAAGCAGGUGAUGUCCACCAAGGCCGAUGCAGAGCGAGAUGGAGUGAAAGUACCAACGACACUUGCUGAAUACUGCAUCCAGACCAAAGUGCCUUCUCACGAUAGUAGCUCCGACCUGCUCUACGAUGAUCUGUAUGACGAUGACAUAGAGGAAGAGGAUGAUGACGAUGAGGCAGAGGCCGGUGGGAUAGGUGGAGAAAUGGCCGGGGACUGUUUUGGCGAUGAAGACGACUCUGGCAACGAGGAGUCUUGACCUUCCACUGUUAACAUGACAUGGACCUUUGCCCUCUCACUAUUCUUAACCCCAAGAGCCUCAUGUUUCAGAUUCUCUCUUCUCUUUCCUAUGCUAAAGCUUUUAUUUUUCAGUUUUGAAAACAUCAUAGCUUCAUAUCUUUGUCCUUACCACACCUUACAGUUCCUCAGUAAAGUACACCAUAUGACCCCUGACAUCUUUCUCGACUCGUAAAACACAAAGUUGUUAUAGUCACAUGUCAUAUCCCAAUUUCUCUUGCCUCUUAACCUCAGGGCUUUUGGAUAUUCUGAGCUUGUCAGACCACCUUAAAUAUUUUAAUGGUUUUUCCAGUUAUUUUAAAGGGUUAUUUUACACAAAAUUUAGUAUUCUGUAAUAAUUUCUGCACCAUAAUUUUUUUCAGAACCCAAAUGACUUUCUUCUGUGGGACACAAAAAUAGAAAUUUUAAAGAAUGUCUGAGCAUCUGUUCUUUAUACAACGAAAGCAGUGACUAGAGGCAUUUAAGCUCCAAGAAAGAAUGAAAAGCAGCAUAAAAGCCUCUUAAAUGAAGUCCAUACGCUAUAUUCAAAGUCUUUUGAAGCCAUACGAUAGUUUUCUGUGAGGAUCAGAACGAAAUUUAAGUCGAUAAUGACACCAAUCCACUGGUUCUCUCGUGUCUGGAAAACAAACAAAAUGCGGAAGUUUAAUUUUUCUUCUUUUGUGUUCAACAGAAAAAAAAGAAUGUCAUAUGAUUUCAAAUGACGUGAGGGUGAGUCAAAGAUGACAGGCUUGUCAUUUUGGGUGAAAUACCCCUUUAAACCACCCAUAACCUUUAGCUGUAAGUGGUGACACUUUCAUCGCCAACAAAUUAAUGUUUUGUUCAUUGCCCCGAUUUUCAACUCUCUGGAACUGUCUUCACAGUGUAGGGCUUCUCUGAUGCCACUCAAUUAUCUACCUAAUUUCCCAUUUCAUGUUGAGCAUUUUCCAGAACAACAGGUAAGUAUUAAAGAGAGGAUAAAUGGAGAAUGAAUAGACUAUUCUUUUCUCAAAUUUUUGUCAUAAUUUUGACCAGUCAUCUACAUAAGCAGGUCACCUUCACUAAAGUAACUAAAUGUGUUUCCUUAUAAGCAGCUCGUACCCGCUAAUAACUGUGAUUGAGCUUUUUGAACCAUUAAAUUGCAGUGUCAGUGUAUGGCACAUCAAGGAGCUUUCAAGUACUUAGCUGCAGAAUGGACACUAGUGUUAAAAUGACUUCCAGCACACCUUUCUUUAGCUGCUAUAUCUUAAUGACCAACAGACUUCAAUGAUACUGUUCAAGUCAAUAUAAGGAUGUCCCACAUUUGCUGCCCCAUUUUGGAUCCUCCAAAUUUGGCUGAAGGUAAUCAUACUUUGUUAUACUUUUAAUGUACACAUUCUCAUGUUAAAUGAUCAUGUAUGAAUGUCUGAGCAGCUGAACCAAACCAUGACCAUUUCUCCCUUUCCUUGUGGAUUUUACACAGAUCUUGACUUUGUCUGGUAGUUUGAUGAUAACCUUGAUCAGAGGAGUUUAUAAAGUUUGGGGUUUGAGAUCAGUGACUUCUGAGGACAUUUUGCUCACCAGUAAGCCCCCUCCUCCCUCUUCGAAUGCUUUUUUGUUUUGGUAACAGCAACUGAGUGGGCCGUAGCUUUCAAGAGCAUGCUUGUGUGUUUUAAUGUGUUUUAUAUGAUGUCAAUCAUCCAGUGAGGCACACAACUCCCUAAGGUCUCAUUAAAGGGGUGGAAGUAUAGAUGUUUAUGCACAUGGGGUCUCAGGUACACCUUUAUUCCUGCAAACCAGCCAAGGAGACACUAGGAUAUUGAUCCUGGUCCUACAAAACCCUUCUGGAAGGGACAAUGGAUCUAAUCUUGAGGUAACGGUGCUCUCCUGUUGAGCAUCAGGAACUUGUGAAUUAUAUAAAAAAAUUGUUCCCAACUCAGUUGUUCCCUUGAAUCCCUGGACUUUGGGCUAAAAGGGCUCACAACAUAUUCAAAUGGGGAUGUCAGUCAAUUGAAACAGACUGGAUUUCACAUUCAGCAAGAGACUUUUGGUGUAUUACACCCAUGUGCACAGUAAAACAACCAAGUUCAUUUCAAACACCCCAGCAAAAAGUGUUGUGAUGUUAGUUAGUAGUGGAUUUGUCUUGAAGGAUUUUAUUUUUGUGUGUCAUGAGUUUGUUUUAAUGUUUCAUCAAUGAUUUAAUAACCUUUUGUGUUUUCACUUGGAAACAAUUGUAAUCUUUGCCAGGAUUUGUGGUCCUGGUUUAGAUCAAAUUGAGUCAUUUGCUCUUAAGUUCAACGUAUUUCCUUUUUUUUUUCUUGCAAUGUUGUUAAAGGGAAUACCAUUGUAAACAUUCAAUUAAGGAGAAACCGUAAGAAUGAAUCAAAUCUGU